AUGGAGGAGAAGCAGACAAGGAGAAGGGUAGUGUUGGUUCCGGUUCCAGCACAAGGACAUAUAACUCCAAUGAUGCAGCUUGCAAAAACUCUUCACUCGAAGGGCUUCUCAAUUACAUUUGCUCAGACCAAGUUCAAUCACUUUAGCCCUUCAGAUGCCUUCACUGAGUUUCAGUUUGUCACCAUUCCAGAGAGCUUACCGGAGUCUGAUUUCAAGAAUCUCGGGCCAAUACAGUUUCAGCAUAAGCUCAACAAAGAGUGUCAGGUGAGCUUCAAGGACUUUUUGGGUCGCUUGUUGCUGCAACAAGGUAAUGAGAUCGCUUGUGUCAUCUACGAUGAGUUCAUGUACUUUGCUGGAGAUGCAGCCAAAGAGUUUAAGCUUCCAAACGUUAUCUUCAGCACAACAAGUGCCACUGCUUUUGCUUGCCGCUCUGUUUUCGAAAAACUCUAUGCAAACAAUGUCCUUGCUCCUUUCAACGACGGUACUUAA